GCACUUCCGGCCAGGACUCGGAGACUGACCUCACCCACCUGAGCAGGUCCUGGGCUUCCGACCAUUAAUGAUCAACAAUGGAUAAAUUCUUAAUAAAGUUACCCAGAGAAAAAGAAGAAAAGGGUAAUUCAUCAAGUGAUGGCCUGAGUUCAACACCCAGCUUUGAAACUGAAGUUAUACAAAAGAAAGAAGUGGCAAAUCCACAAGAUGAUAAGAAAAGGAGUUUUCAGCAAUCUUGGCUAUCAAGAUUUAAGUGGUUGGAGUACAAUAUCAAAUUAAACAGAGCUUUUUGCUCAGUCUGCAAAAACUGUUCUGAAAAGAAGAUCUUAAUAUUUUCUACGAAGGCUGAACCAACAUUUAUUUCAUCUGGAUUUCAAAAUUGGAAACAUGCAUUGCGUGGUUUUACAUCACACGAAAAAUCCUCCUGUCACAAGGAAGCAGUAAUGAAAUAUGCUGCUCUGCAAUCACAGGUAAAUGUUUCUGCACUAGUGUCAGCCAGUUACAGAAAAGAAUCGCAGUCAGCUAGGAUUGCACUGCACAACAUUUUUACCAGUGUUCAGUACCUAGCUCAACAAGGAAUAGCACUACGUGGACAUAAUGACAGUGAUUCAAAUUUGAUGCAGCUCUUGUUGCUACGCAGUACAGAUUCUGAGGAACUGAGACAGUGGCUCAAUCGCACAAAAUACAAGUGGAUAUCACAUGAGGUUAUUAAUGAAAUAAUCGAAAUGAUGGCAAUGACGGCGCUAAGAAAAAUUGUGCAAAAGAUAAAGGCUUCUAAGUUUUAUGCCAUUGUAAUGGAUGAGACUACCGAUUUGUCAAGAAAAGAACAAGUAAGUUUUUCUUUAAGGUUCUUUUCUAGUGAAGACUGGGAGAUUUAUGAGGAGUUUAUUGGGUUUUACCAAACUGACACAAUGGAUGCUGCUUCUCUUUUCAAAAUUGUGGAAGAUACACUUCUCAGGUGUGAUUUGCCCUUUUCUGAUUGCCGGGGGCAGUGUUACGACGGAGCCAGUAAUGUGUCUGGCAAAUUUACUGGGGUCCAAGCCAGAGUGAAGGAACGAGAGCCGAGAGCAGAAUUUGUGCAUUGUGCUGCACAUUCUCUUAACCUUGCCACGCAGGAUGCCCUGCAUAAUAUUCAAGAGUGUCGUUAUAUGUUUUUUAUGGUGAAAGAUCUCAUCAAUGCCUUCAGGGAGUCACCAAAACGUAUGGCAGCAUUCAGAGAGUUUCAGAGUGAAGGAGAACCUUCUUUACGACCAAUUGAACAGAGGUUUUCAACAGAAAGCUUUACAUUCGCAGUAAAAUUGGAGAAGCUUAUAACUGAGGCAGCAAAUGGCUCAAAACAGGACAUUGUCCAAAUAAGUGAAGCAUUCCAUGGUGACAUCAACAUGGAGAAACUAUUUCUUCAUUUAGAAAUGUUGAGUGAUAUUUGCAGAUUGAGAAAUUGCCAGCUCACUUCAGUGAGUGAAGUGAAGCAAUUUCUAAAACAAAAUGAAGGCUUAAGUGACCUGUUGUCAGAAGUUACAAUUCUCCUGAAAUUAUUCUACACAAUUCCGACUACAACCUGCACCGCUGAGCGAUCAUUCAGUUGCUUGCGCCGACUGAAAAAUUAUUUGCGAACAACAAUGAGCCAAGAACGUCUAAAUCACUUGACAUUUCUGCACGUUCAUAAAAACUUUACCUCUGAAUUGGACAUUGCAAGUCUCCUGGAUGACUUCAUUUCAAGAACCAAACAACGACAAAAAGUGUUUGCUGCCUCCUAA